AUGGCAGCAAAGCCCAACUUCGGUGUUUACACACCACUGGUCACGUUCUUCGAGGAGGAUGAGUCGCUCGAUCUCCAAAGCACUUUGGCUCAUGCGAAGCGCAUGGCCGAAGGUGGGGUCACUGGGCUUGUGCUUCAGGGAAGCAAUGGAGAGGCUCCUCACCUGGAUCAUAGCGAACGCAAAUCUCUGGUGCGCGCUGUCCGCGACCACCUUGACAAUCUGGGCUAUACAGGGUUGCAGUUGAUUGUCGGUUGCGGCGCACCUAGCGUGCGGGAAACACUAUCUUAUAUCUCAGAGGCUAAAGCGUCCGGUGCCAAUUUUGCUCUCGCAUUGCCACCGGCAUACUGGGUUGCAGCCAUGAAUGCACCCGUUAUUGAAAACUUCUUCCUCGAGGUCGCCUCUCAAUCCGAGCUUCCUAUUCUCAUUUACAACUUCCCUGGUGUGACGGGAGGCAUCGACAUCAGUUCCGAUUCCAUCAUCCGCCUCGCCAAAUCCAAUCCAAAUAUUGUCGGGUGCAAGCUCACCUGCGGUAAUGUUGGAAAGCUUCAACGUGUCUCAUCGGCACUUUCAGGGACAUCAUUUGCUACCUUUGGUGGAAAGUCGGACUUUUUCCUACCUGCGCUCGUCGCUGGGUCAAACGGGAUUAUUGCCGCACUCGCCAACAUUGUACCCAAGCUGCAUAUGAAGGUAUUGCAGUACUACGAGAAGGGGGAGCUAACGGCAGCACAAGAGCUUCAGUCCAAGCUCAGUCAUGCCGACUGGGCCCUCACCAAGGUAGGCAUUGCGGGUGUCAAAGCUAUCGUAUCCCAUCAUUUCGGAUACGGUACGGGUCGGGGACGCAGACCGCUAGGGAACGCAACGAUCACAUCUUUGAGUCAAGAAAUUGUGGCUCCCAUAAAUGAGGUGGUCGAGCUGGAGAAACGUUUGUGA